AUGAUACUUGGGCGCAGGGUGUUGUCACGGACAUUCAAAAGAAUGUAUAUUGUUCCAAAGUUGGAGCAAUUGUCGCGAGAACAGGGUAUUCCAGGGGUUUUAUCAGUGGAGGGUUUAAAAUGUGCAUGGUUUGAUCGAGCAGAACACUAUGUAGAUAGGCUCAACCAGGUUAGUACGGAUUCAGACGGGAGGUCGUUAGAAGCCAAUAUACGGGAACUAGCGGAUGUUUCAUCGAAAAAGCAGAUAUACAGUUAUUCAUCGUUAUUGUAUAAUCUGAAAUUUGCAUUUUCUGUAUUGCAUGGAAAUUCGGGGACGGUAGCAGAAAGGCCAAUAGCUUCUUCAGGUCUGCUUCAAACACCCAAGUUGACUCUCGAAUACGCCAAUGAGCCCUUGCAAACGGGUAAUGAAAGGCUGCACCAAGCAUUGUUAGAGUCUUUUGGUUCGAUCGUUGAAUUUAGAUCGUUAUUGCUCAACUCCAACCUGGCCAUAUCUGGUGAUGGGUAUACGUGGCUGGUUGCUAAGAAAUCGAAUGCUAAAGACGCACUAAUGGAAACUGAAUUCGACAAGCUGUUUAUCCUCAACACGUAUAACGCGGGAAGUCCGUUUACCGUUGAUAGAACACAUCACUUCCAACGUGCUGCACAACAGAACUCAUCGGAACUUCAUCACCUCCCUGAAGAAGCCACCAACAAGAAUACCACAACUACAGUGACUGACGCUGCUGUUUACAAGAAAUCCACGGUCUAUAUUCCUCUUCUUGCGAUCGAUGCUUCGCCAAAAACGUGGUUACAUGAUUACGGCGUUUUUGGGAAGCAGGAGUAUCUGGAUAAAAUCUGGGAAUCCAUUGAAUGGGGUAUUGUGGAAUCAAGACUACCCAAGAAGUCUUCCAGAACAUCAUUUAUGUUUUAG